AUGGAAUUAGGUAGGAUUGAUUUACCUGACUCCCCCCUCCAUGAGUGAACAAAAUCAUUAGAAAAAUCCCUAAUUUUUGCCCAAAACCUCUGUGAGUGAACAAAAAUUUUUUAAUAGAAAAAAAUUUAUAUAUAAGUGAUAAUUAGCAUAAUGAGAUCUAGAGCUAAUUCUGUUUAAUUUUAAACAAAUUGCGUUUUAAAACAUAAAUUUUUUAUAAAUUAAAUUAAUAUUUGCUUCCAAUUUUCGCAAAUUAGGAUUUUUUUAAAAUUUCGAAAAACAAAUUUUUCAAUAAAGUUUAUAUAUAAUUUUUUUUUAAAAAAAAAAAUUAACCUCCCUACAUGAGUGAACAAAAUUUUUUGUUCAUUCAUGGAGGGGGGGAGUAAAUACUUUCGAACUCAAUUUUGGAAUGAUCUAAUUGAUAUCUUAGAACACUAUCAUGUUGAGAAUAAAAACAGUAUAUCUUCAGCUAACCUUCCUAUAUGAAUUUACAAAGAAGUUGUAAAAAAAGAUGUGAUGUCUAAAAUUAAAACAAAAAUCAAGCAAUAUAUCAAGAAAGCUAUGAAAAAUGAAAUUGAAAAAUUAUGAAAUGCUCAUAGCGAGUCAAUAAUAGAUCCAUGCCCUAAGAUAAAACAUCCAAAGAAAGUUAUCACAAAUCUUAUUCAUUCUUUGUUUACAAAAUUCCAAAGCGUUUUUACCCAAACCUCAAAAAGCGUUUAUUCUUCCAGAGAUAAAGUAACUGAAGUAGAUGCGUUUAUGAGUGAAAGAUACCUUAGCCUCCCCUCUGUAAGAGAACAAAUUUAUUGCUUCCGCGGAGGAGAGCUAUAUUCUUUUAAAAAUUUAAAAUAUAAGCUUAGCUUCAAUUUCUUUUCUGAAUUUAAAAUAUUCAUUUGGCAAGUAUUUGAGCUAAAAUAAAUUUAUACAUUUAUGUUUUGAAUGCAAACCCUUAAAAAUUUAAUAGAAUUAGCUCAAGAUUUUAUUAUAAUAAAUAUCUUAUAUAUCAAAAUGAAAAUCGUUAUGAUCUCUCACAGAGAUGGAGUUAGCAUUUGGAAUAUGAUAAAAGGACUCAUGAAUAAAGAUAUUUUUGAUAAGUAUUUUGUAGAAAUUGAGGUUGAAAUUUGUGCAAAUAUACUUAUUAAAAUUGCUGAGAAAAAUGAUGAAAUUGGAAGAGAAAAUGAAAAACUCAAUGAUAUUUAUUAUAGACAAAUUGAUUCUAUUAGAAGGACAUUAAUGAUUAUGCUAUCGAGAUAA